AUGUAUGUGGAUGAAGUUAAUAAUUUGACUAACCAACUUAAUGAAGUGAAACUCAUAUGGAUUGAAAUGACUGAUUCUACCAGACCAAACAGUCCUGCUCUCUGUCAUAUAGCAUUAUUAUUAUGUAAAGCAAGAUCUCUAUCUGCUGAAAUACAGGGUGCUGCUGACAGACAUGAUGUGACCACUGAAGCCAUAGUUCAGAAACUUCAAAUCAAACUCAAGCAACUGGAAUUCCUUCAUGAUGAUAAGAUGCAAGUUAUGUCUGCUGUGAAUGCUGAGCAUCAAAGGGAUAGGAGAAAUUCCAUGACUGCUAGUGGAGUUGAUCAUUGGAAAUUGUUCAGAGACUUCACAAGGAAGUCAAACAGCUCAUGGAAGUGA